AUGGCGCGCUUAAUCGAGUCCUACGGGCCCGCAGAGAUUGCGCAUGGGCCACUGUUUGUUGGGCUUUUUUUCAACUCCAUUCUGUUUGGUACGCCACGUGCACUGAUGAAAACCUCGCCCACCGGCUUGACUUUCCAAUUUAAAGGCAUAAUGAUUAUUCAAACGUAUUUGUACUUCAUCACAUACCGAAGUGACAAGGCGUGGACAAAGAUCUUCGUGUUCUGCGUCUUCGUCCUGGACACGCUAAACACUGCAUUCGACUUUGCCUAUCUGUAUGAAUGCCUCAUCGUCCAUUAUGGCGACGUUGCGAAAUUGACUCGUGCAAACUGGUUAUUCGCGACAGAUCCCGUCAUGACAGUGCUGACGAGAAAUCGCUGGUUGGUCGGCGCGGUUAUAGCCUCUGUGCUCGUGGCGUUUGCGGGAGGCGUUGCAACCUCCAUUGAAGUCCAUAUGCACCCGCGGUUUCUGGAUUUCAUCAAGUUCGAAAGCGUCGUCAUCAUCUGGCUCGCAGCCUCCGCCAUUGCAGACAUCUUCAUCACAACUAUCCUAGUCAUUCAUUUGGUAUCAAAGUCACACAAAACCGGCCUCGCAGGGACAGAUAUGCUCGUCGACCAGAUCAUCCGAAGUAAAUCCAUCGUCUCCCCACCAUGGUGGUCUAUCCCUGAUGACCCCCAUUCCCAAGUGACAGUUCAAACGGGACUGGCAACUAGUCUGUGCGCGACCAUCGAUCUGAUUCUUUUCCUAACUGAUCCCGUUGCGCUCCACCUGAUCUUCAACAUUCCGCUCUGCAAGCUAUACACGAACUCCUUGCUCAGUAGUCUGAAUGCUCGCGCCGCCCCAGAAAAUAGCUCCACGGAUACGAGUCUUACGAAAAAACGCGCGUCUUUGCAGAUAUAUCCAGGAAAUGCCCGUCGUUCGGUGUUGAUAGAUGUGGUCAAUCCGCCAGUCCACAGUCUCGUCUAG